AUGAUCCAGUUUACGAUAAAAACGUUAGAUUCCAAAAAUCAUCAUUUUACUGUGGAUGAUGAGAUUACAGUGCAGCAGCUCAAGGAGAAAGUAAGAGAGCAGAUGGGAAUCGAGACCAAUCUGCAACGCCUUAUCUUCUGUGGUAGGGUUAUGCAAGAUGACAAGAAGUUAUCUCGUUAUGAUAUCGACGGGAAGGUUGUACACUUGGUGCAACGUGCUCCGCCGCGCUCUCGGCGCAGGAUCGCAUAUGGCAGUAGCAGUGGAUCCGCCGAGGGUAACGGCAGCGAUGGCGAUGGUAGCACCAGUGACAGUAGCGGGUUGCGUGGCUCGAGAAGGCGUUACUUCCAGAUCUCGAACACCAAUACUGAUGAUUCAGAAAAUGAAGAUAUUAUGCAAGAGGAAAGACGACGGAUUAUGUAUAGCUCAUUGCCGAGAGGAGCGUCAGAUUUUUUAAUGGAUCAUCAAAACCUGGCGUCGAUGUCACCCACUGCAAUCCGCCUUGAGAUCCUAAGCCGCAUGAUCGAAGAAAUAAAGGCUUCUCUAGCUGUUCUUCGAGCUCAUAUUACUGGCGAGGUAGGAUUUUACAACAAUUGUUGA